AACAGCACUUCCAAUUCGUCCUCCUCAGCAGUGCACAUGACUAUUCUUAGCAUCGGGGGACACUGAAGACUUCUUCAAACGCACCAUUUAAGCGUCUUCAUUUGUGAAACUUAAAAUAGACCGCUCUCUGGCUACAGGACGAUUUUUCACCAUCCCUUCUCGGUGUCGCCUCAGAUUUCGAAGGACCGAAACUAUAAAAGGUCACCAGGAGCACCGGGAUGAUCACUGCAGUCGACUCUAGUCUUGUCUGUAUCACCUGUAUCCUACAAAGCAAGGACACCAGAGAUUAAAAUGGCUUUCGCAGGUGUACUGAAUGAGGCUGACAUCGCUGCAGCCCUGGAGGCGUGCAAAAGCCCUGACACAUUCAACUACAAGAACUUCUUCCACACCUGUGGUCUGUCCGGCCAUAGCGCCGACGACGUGAAGAAGGCCUUUGGCAUCAUCGACCGGGACAAGAUCUGUUUCAUUGAGGAGGAUGAGCUGAAGCUGUUCCUGCAGAACUUCAGUGCAAAUGCACGCGCACUGACCGACGCCGAAACCAAGGCUUUCCUCAAGGCCGGUGACACCGACGGUGACGGCAAGAUUGGCGUUGAUGAGUUCGCUGCCGUGGUUAAACAAUAAUGGCAAGUGACCAACAACACCUGCUCUAAUGGAACAACAAAGCCCACGUCGACCUCCCCCCUUUUCAUCUGAAUAUACAUAAUUUUUAUACAUUUGCUUAAGAGACGUUUCGUCCUAUGCAACACACUGUCCAAAAUGAUGAUUGUGAAUGUCGCUCGGUUGUGUUCAUGUCUUAAUUAUGAAUUUUGCUUAUUGUAAAAUCUAUGAUGCACUUUCCAGGAACGAACGAAAAAAGAAUAAAUAUUCUUUUGCUACGGUC